UUCAUAUGUUUGCCGCCAUUUCUCCACUCUUCUGCACACCCUCACUCACUCGCGCCCUUUUCUUUCAAUCACAAUUGCUCAGACCAAACCUCCACUAUCUUGCGCCGGGGCCGCACAUCUUAUCCCUUCCGUUUCUCUGAUUUCCGACCUAUCUCCGCCUUUAAUUUCGCCACCAGCGCCGCCCGGGGUCGGCACUCUCCGUCGAACUUCCAAUUUUGCAAGCUUGGAAUUAGGGUUAGGGUUUUUGAAAGUUUUCGAAAUUGUCCGCGAUGGGGAAAAACAAGGUUACGGACGAACUGCUGUCCACCGUCCGAUCAAUCGUCGACUCAGGAUACUCCGACAUGGACAUUAUCAGAGCCCUCCACAUGGCCAACAACGACGUCACCGCCGCAAUCAACAUAAUCUUCGACACGCCCAGUUUCAAAUUGAAGGAAAGACCACCGGCUUUUCGUAAGAAUCCCCAAAUUUUGAGCUCCGAGGUCGUAAAUUUGAAGCAAAAUGGGGUUCAGAAGAGUAAUUGCACUUUGGGUACCGAAGGAAAUGGGAGUAGUUGUCCCAGUAAUUCAGGGGACGACGUGGUUGAAGAAGUCGCCGUUGCACGGUGCGAGAGCUCGGCUGGGAGCCAGUGGUGGUUUGUGGGCAGCGGUGAAGUUUCAGGUUUAUCAACGUGUAAAGGUAGGAGGCUUAGGCCUGGAGACGAAGUGGAUUUUACUUUUCCAACAAAGAGCAGUUCGACAUCUCCGUCACCCGGCAAGGUUUUUGGGAGGGGACGGCAGGCAGCUGCUUGUUCGGAGAUUGUGAGGUUUUCAACGAAAGAUUCCGGAGAGAUUGGUAGAAUUCCAAAGGAAUGGGCUCGGUGUUUAUUGCCACUUGUGAGGGAUAAGAAGGUUAGAAUUGAGGGGCAUUGCAAAUCUGCUCCUGAUGUGUUGAGCAUUAUGGACACCAUUCUUUUGUCAAUAAGUGUGUAUAUCAAUAGUUCAAUGUUCCUUAAGCAAAACAAGACCUCACUUAAGGCAGCCAAUAAUUCCACAGACGAAACAGUGGUUCAUCCUCUUCCAACAUUGUUCCGGUUGCUAGGACUGUCUCCUUUCAAGAAGGCAGAAUUUACUCCAAGUGACUUGUACACGAGAAAGCGCCCUUUGGACCCAAAGGAUAGCUUUGGACUUUGUGCCCCAGAGUUACGUGCCAAUAAGCCUAAAAUCCCUGGUCAAAAUGGAGAUGAAGUUGAAAAUGAGGAGUCUAUUUCAGAUGCUGAUCUAGAAAACAUUGUUGGUAUUGGUGACAGCUCUGAGCUAGAGGAAAUGGAUCCCCCAGGUACACUUCAGUGUGAACUGCGUCCGUACCAAAAGCAGGCUCUUCAUUGGAUGAUCCAACUGGAAAAGGGACACUGCAUGGAUGAGGGAGCAAUGACUCUUCACCCUUGUUGGGAGGCAUAUCAUCUUGCAGACAAGAGGGACCGUGUUAUCUAUUUGAAUGCAUUUUCUGGUGAUGCAACAACAGAAUUUCCAAGCACACUUCAAAUGGCCAGAGGAGGAAUUCUGGCUGAUGCUAUGGGCUUGGGGAAGACCAUUAUGACGAUAUCGCUCCUUCUUACUCAUUCAGGACAUGGAUUAUCAGUUAGUUACCCUACAAGCCAGUCUUCCAGUGAAGAUAUUGAAGUCCCCGACAUUUCAGACCACUCAUCAGACCUACCAAAGAAGGUCCCAAAAUUUUCAGGAUUUGAUAAGUUGUUGAAGCAAAAAAACACGGUUGAGGAUGGUGGUUGUUUGAUUAUAUGUCCUAUGACUCUUCUAGGCCAGUGGAAGGCAGAGAUCGAAACUCAUGCUAAACCUGGUUCUCUAUCGGUAUAUGUUCAUUAUGGACAAAGUAGACCGAAGGAUGCAAAGAUUUUAGCUCAAAGUGAUGUCGUAAUCACUACAUAUGGAGUGUUAGCCUCUGAAUAUUCUGCUGAGAAUCCAAAGGAAAAUGGGGGACUUUACUCGGUUAGUUGGUUUAGAGUGGUUCUUGAUGAGGCGCAUACCAUAAAAUCCUCAAAAAGCCAAAUUUCCAUUGCUGCUGCUGCUUUAGUUGCUGGUCGGCGAUGGUGUCUUACUGGCACACCCAUACAGAACAACCUGGAGGACGUUUACAGUCUUCUCCGGUUUUUGAGGGUAGAACCUUGGGGAAACUGGGCAUGGUGGAAUAAACUCGUACAAAAACCUUUUGAGGAGGGUGAUGAGAGAGGAUUAAAGUUGGUUCAGUCUAUCUUAAAGCCAAUCAUGUUAAGGAGAACAAAGUUUAGCACAGACCGCGAAGGCAGGCCAAUUUUAGUUCUUCCUCCAGCUGAUAUUCAGGUGAUUUACUGUGAACUCACAGAAGCUGAAAAAGACUUCUACGAGGCCCUCUUUAAAAGAUCAAAGGUGAAGUUUGAUCAAUUUGUUGAGCAAGGACGGGUUCUUCAUAACUAUGCAUCCAUAUUGGAGUUGCUUUUACGCCUUCGCCAGUGUUGUGAUCAUCCAUUUCUUGUGAUGAGCCGAGGUGAUACACAAGACUUUUCUGAUCUGGAUAAGCUAGCUAGACGUUUCCUUAAAGGAAAACAGAAUUCUGUGGAAGGGGAAGCCAAAGAUCUGCCUUCACGUGCUUAUGUUCAAGAAGUUGUAGAAGAAAUACGUAAGGGGGAGCAGGGAGAGUGUCCAAUAUGUCUUGAAGCCUUUGAAGAUGCAGUGUUAACACCUUGUGCUCACCGCUUAUGCCGUGAAUGUCUCUUGGCAAGUUGGCGGAACUCAAGUUCUGGUCUAUGUCCUGUUUGUAGGAAGACCAUCAGUAAGCAAGAUCUUAUUACAGCACCCACUGAGAGUCGGUUUCAGGUUGAUGUUGAGAAAAACUGGGUGGAAUCAUCCAAAGUUGUCAUUCUUUUGCGUGAACUUGAAUCUCUUCGCUCAUCAGGCACAAAAAGCAUUGUCUUCAGCCAGUGGACGGCUUUUCUGGACCUCUUGCAGAUCCCUCUUUCUCGGAGUAACAUUCCAUUUCUUCGCCUUGAUGGGACUCUGAAUCAACAGCAGCGUGAGAAAGUGUUAAAACAGUUUUCAGAAGAUAGUGACAUCCAGGUAUUGCUAAUGUCACUGAAGGCUGGAGGAGUUGGAAUAAAUCUGACAGCAGCAUCAAAUGCUUUUGUCUUGGAUCCAUGGUGGAAUCCAGCAGUCGAGGAACAAGCUGUCAUGCGUAUUCAUCGCAUUGGACAAACAAAAAGGGUGAUGAUCAAGCGGUUUAUUGUGAAGGGAACGGUUGAGGAACGAAUGGAAGCAGUGCAAGCGCGUAAACAGCGACUGAUUUCCGGAGCCUUGACGGACCAAGAAGUUCGAACUGCUCGCAUAGAGGAACUAAAGAUGCUUUUUACUUGAAAGCAUUUGAUAAAAUUAUCAACAGGUUCAUUUAUGUCACUUAUUAGAAUUGGUUUGAGCAUCAAGAGCUCAUGCGGCGGUGUCUAAACCAAGAAAAUUGAGAUCCUCGUUCCGAAGUUGCGGGACUUCAAGGAAGAUCGGUUGAGGAUAUUUGUAUUGUAACUAAGCUAACAAGGUUGAGGCAAUACGGGGUUGUUGUUUUGGUAUUGU